CACUGAAUUAAAGAUUGAACGCGGAUAAAAUACACUUAUUGUAUAGAAUUAGAGAAGAAAAAAAAAGAAAAUAUUUUAAUAUAAAAUAAGAUAGAGAAGGAAAAAAAUUUUUUUUUCUUUAAAAAAAAAAUAAAUAAAAUUUGUUUUGUUUUUUUUUUUUUUGUUUGAUUCAUUAUUAUUUUUAUAUAAGAAAACGUGAAUUUUCAAAGUGAAAGAGUAAGAAAAAAAGAAAAAGCAAAAUAAAUAAAAAAAAAAUAACGUUGUCGUCUUCACCGCUAUUAUCGCUGAAAAUCGUUAAGAAAACAACAAUAAUUUAUUAUUUAUUUAUUUUUAAUUUAUUUUUACUUUACAAAAAAAGAAAAUAUAUAAUUUGUGCCGGAAUUUUUUUAAAAUUAAAAUUAAAAAGAAAAAAAAAAUUGUAAAAUAAAAAGAAAUAAAAUUCCAAAUUAGUAAUUGGUGUUCACGAUAUUGUAAUUAUAAUUUCAAGUACCUACUCGUUUCUUUUUUUUUUAUUAUUAAUUAAAAUUUAAUAUAAAGAAAUUGGUUUUUGAUUUUUAAUUAUGCAAUUUGAACGCGAAGAAUAAAUUAAUGAAAUAUUUUUUUUUUAAGUUUUAAUAAAUGAAAAAAUUUUAAUAAAGAUUUUUUAAUAAUUUUUUUACGAAUAACACUUGAUACACAAUAUUGAUAUCAAAUAAAAUAAUUUAUCGACGGUAUCUAAAAGCAUUACUACAACUGGAAAUAGUAAUUAUAAUAUUAACCAGAACGGGAAAUUACCAACAUCAACUACAAAAAAUAAAACUAAUAUUCCUGCAACUACAAUAACCUGUACAAAUAAACCUAUCAUAACAACUAUUAAGAAUCCUUUACUUAAUUUAGAUGAACAAGAAUAUAAUAAUAAUAAUAAUGUUAAUAUAAAUUAUAAAAAUAAUAAUAUAAAGAAAAAAUUAAGUUUUAUUCCAAGAACUAUCAGAUUUUCAAGAAAAUAUUAUACAAAAACAACAGUAACAGUACAACAUAAGCAACAUUUAAAAACUAAAAAACAACAAAAAUUAAAACAAAAUAAAAUAAAAUUUUUAUCAAAUUUCAAUGAUGAUGGCACCGAAAAAAUUCAAAAUAAAGAAGAGAAUUUAAAAAAGAAUAAGAAUAAUAAUUGUUACAUUAGUAACAAAGGAUAUUACAAUUAUUAUAAUCAUCAUAACCCACAUCAUCAUCAUCAGCAUCAUAACUAUCAAUAUCAAGAGAUAGAAAAGACAACAAAUCAAAAAGAUUUACCAGAUAGUUUAAGGGUUUUAACGAAAGAAGAAGAAAAUAUUCUUGAAAAAUAUCAUUGCCAUAAUAAAACAAAAAUAUUUUAUUCAAUCUCUUCAGAAAUUCCUUUUUCAACAAAAACUUUUAGGGAGAAAAUAACAAUACCAUCAUCAGUAACAAAUACAAAAAAUUCAGAAAAAAUAGAAAGAGUAGUAGCUGCAACAGCAACAACAAAAUUAACAAAAACAAAAUUAAAUUAUAAUAAAAGAGAAAAUUUUAUUAGUAGACCGAAGUCAAAAAUUUAUGAUUAUAUGAAGGACUUUUUAAGGAAAAAGUUUAACACUUUAACACCAACCAGCUCAAGGAAAGAAACAACAACAACUGGGUCUUCCUUACAUGAGGAAGACAUAUAUGUUGAGUUUCCGAAUUGUCUGCUUAAAGUGAUAAACAACAAUCUGGGCAGCCAAAAUCAUAAAGAGACUUUAAAUCAUAAUCAUCAAAAUCAUCAAAAUCAUAAUCAACAGCAGCAUCAAAAUAAUCAAAAUCAAAAUUAUCAAACGGAUAUUAAAAAAUUAUCAAAAUAUCCGCAACAACAACAGCAACAACAAGUACAAUCACCACACAAACAGAACCAGCAUCAACAGCAACAACAUCAACAUUAUAAUAAACAUCAACCAAGUGGGAGUCUUGAUAAUAAUAUAAAACGAUUUGACGUUAUGCAAGACGUCCGAAUUAGACUUGAACAACUUCAUAAACAGCAACAACAACAACAACAACAUCAACAUCAACAAAAUCAAACACAAUUAUUACAGCAACAGCAACAAAAUCUUAAUCAAAAUAAUCAAAAUUUUCAUUUUCAACAAAAUUUUCAAUUUCAACAGCAACAGCAACAACAAAAUCAUUUACACAAUAAUCAUAAUAAUCAUAAUAAUCAAAAUAAUCAAAAUCAAAAUAAUCAUAAUAAUACGCCAACUCAUCAUCAUCACCAUAACCAAAAUCAUGGCUCCCCAAAUAUCAGUAAUAAUAUAACACCACGCCAUAGACCGAUACAUUUAUUUUCAACAACAGCAAAUUUAAAUACUAAUGGAAAUGAGCCACCACCCCAUUCACCAAGUUCGGAAGAGGAUAAUUCACCAACGGAAAUGAAUAAUUGCAGGCGAUUAGUUGAUAAACCACCACUGGUGAAACGUAUAACAAUGGGUUUAUUUGGUUUAACUGAAGAUAGUAGACCUUUAGUACAUGCAAAACCAACAACAUUAAAUAAUGAACAACAAUUACAACAGCAGCAAUUACAAUUGCAACAACAACAACAGCAGCAACAAAAACAACAUCUUGGAUCAACAACUACAAUUGAUGGUUAUGUCAAUGAAGGUAUUUGUGAACCAGAAAAAAUUAUUUCUAGUAAAUUUGGUGAUUCGUGCCGACAAUCAUUGACAGCAAUUUCAACUUUAGAUACUAAUCAAUUUUUGGAUAACAGUGAAUUUAAUUUUAAAAAGAAAUAUAUGCGUGAAACAUGUAGUGCAAAUUCAAGUCCUAGAAUAUUUGGUCCAUCUGCAUUAUUAAAAAAUAAAGGUGGUUUAAGUCCAACUGAACAAAUAGAAUUAAAAGGUGCAGCAUGGUUUCAAGCUGGUAUAUCACGUGAAAUUGCUGUUGAAAUAUUAUCAAGCCAAAGUCCUGGUUCAUUUCUAGUCCGUCAAAGUAAUACAAAAUCAGAUUGUUUUGUUUUAUCAGUAAGAGUACCACCGCCGGCACCGAAAGUAGCUCAUUAUUUAAUAUUAAGGACAAUACGAGGUUAUAAAAUUAAGGGUUUUACCAAAGAAUUUACCUCAUUAAGGGCUUUAAUAACACAUCAUUCUGUGAUGCCGGAACUAUUACCAGUUCCAUUGGCUUUACCACGUCCAGCAACAUGUACGCCAAGACGUCGUAAUGUUGAUGAUUUUGAAUCAUAUGGUUCAUUACGUCUCUUAGGAAUUUUAAAUAUGAUGCAAUCAAAUCAUAAUUUCGAUCGGGAAAAUAAUUCAUAGUUCAAGGAGCGCUAUUAAAAAAUUUUUUUUUUUUAAAUGUUUAUUUAUUCAAAUUAAUUUGAACAAACUUUGAAUAUUAUUUUUCAAAGACAAAAGAAAAAAAACGACAAAAAAAAAUAAAAAUUGUGUAAUUUUCAUUGUUAAUUUUUGUUAUUGAAAAGGAAAAAAAGUGGUUGUUUUUUUAUGUUUUUUAUGAUUAAAAAAAAAACGGAAUGAAAUUAUUGAGAGAAACAAUAAGGAAAGUAUUUAAAUACAAUUAUAAUAGAUUUUCAAAAAUAGUUUAAGAAAAAUCAAGGAUAAAAUAUUGAUUAUCCUUGAGAAUAUAUUUUUAUUCUGCUUUUUGUUACACUGUUAAAAAUCACUUUGUUGCUGCAUAAAAUUCAAAAAAUUUACUGAAUAUAAUGGAAACAGAGUUCUUGGAACAUGGAAUUUUAUUUCAUUAAGAUAACACCAGUUCUUGGCAGCUCAAUCUUCAAUGUACAAUUUACAAUAUUUUAGACUCGCAUCAUAUAUAGCACCUUUUUAAUUGAAAAAGUUAUUAACAAUGUAUAAUAACUAUAUUAAUUAAAAAGUGAUCUAAUUAAUCCUUAAAACAAAAAUAACAAACAAGCAUACAAAAAAUUGGAAAGAACUCAAAAGGAAAUGCAAAAAAAAAAUCUAUUAUAUAAGGAAUUAAGAGGAAGACGGACAAAUUAAAGAAAAUUUUCCUUGAGUAUAAAUACAACAACAAACAAAGAAACACAAAAUACACAAAAUUAUAUUGAAUAAAAAACUCAAAAACCUGUGGUAUAGCCGGAUAGUGCCUCAAUUUGAGAUAUUAAAAAAAAAAAUAAGAAAACAAAAAAAAAAUUCAAAUACUACAAAAUAUUAAUUUAACAAAAAAAAAUUAAAAAAAAAAAAAAUAAUAAUUAAUAAUAUAAAAAAUUGUACUUAAAAAUUUGCAACGCAAAACGCGGGAUGAAAUCCUGAUUAUACGGGAAAAUUCCUAUGAUAAACACACGCCAUCUAUAUAUAUGCAUAAAAUACAUUACGACAAAUAAAUUUAAUUAUUUAUUUUGUCGUAUUUAUAAUAAAAAAAGAAUGUUAAAUUAAUUAUUAAUAAUAAUUGCAUGUUAAGUUAAAAAAAUUAAACAGUGAGUAGAAAACCAAAAAAAAAAAACAAAAAAAAUUAGAAAAACAAAAUACAAAUACAUACAAAUAAAAAAAAACUAUUAAAAUUACUACAAAAAAAAACAAAAACAAAGUCACAUAUUUAAGCGCACUAGUAAGAGAUUGUAAUAGUUUUUACUGAAAAAUAAAAUUUAAAAUUUUUUUUUUUUGAAAUAAAAUGAAAAAAACAAAACAUAAUUGAAAAUCCUUAUUAUAUAAAAUUAUUAAUUAUUGAAAAAGCAAAAACUAUUGUAGUAGUUUUAGAAAUGUAAAAUGAUAGU